AUGACCGACCAAGACGUUUAUCCAAGCAAAUACAACGAAUUGCGAAGUAUCUUCAAACACUAUAUCGAUUCAUGUAUUGCAUUGUAUCAGCUAAAAACAGAUAACGAAGAAGAAUUAUACAAGAUUUACAAAAUGAUCAAAACAGAAUUGAUUGAUUCAAAGAAAUGUCCACCUCAAAUAAUUAUGAAAGAUAUUUUAUGUAUCAUUCGGUACAACAAUCGCUAUAAAAAGUCAUAUUUAUACCUCGCCAAACUCAUUUAUGAUGAAUAUCAUGUGGAAGAAGUCAGCGAUCUCAUGUAUCUUCCAAACAUCCUGUUUUAUAAAGAAUAUGGAAUUAAAUUAGACAAACAUGCCGAUUUUUUUGAAGAUUAUACAGAAAAUCUCGAUAUUCAUACAGAAAAUACAAUUUACAGAGCAAUUAUGUAUAAUGACUUAGAAAAAUUCAUCACAUUCACUGAAAGAGAUGGAUUUGAUAAAGAUCAAACACUUAUAAACAAAUUAUAUCCAUAUUCUAAGACAAGAUAUUCAUUACUUGAAUUAUGUUGUUACCAUGGAGCAGUUGAUUGUUUCAAGUUAUUAAGAUCGAAAUUUAAAUCUGAAAUAACUGAAAUGUGUUUAGAAUUUUCAUUUUUAGGAGGAAAUCCAGAGAUCAUGAGUGAAUGUUUGAAAUAUCAGAAACCAAAUGAAGAUUGCAUGAAAUAUGCAAUUAUUUCACACAACAUCGAUUUCAUUACAUUCUUGAUGAAUGAAUACAACAUAGAGAUCGAUUUAGAAAAUUGUGGAAUUUACAAUAAUAUUGAAUCCUAUUUAGUUUAUUUCGAUCAAACUAAUGAUAUAAACAAAUGUUUUGUUUGUUCACCAAUUUUUAAUAUUCGAUCCCUUAUCGAAUACUUCCUUUCACAUGGUGAGAAUAUCAAUGAAAAAGAUAAAGAUGGAGAAACCGCGCUUCAUAAAGCGGCACAGUAUGAUCGUAAAGAAAUUGCCGAAUUUCUUAUUUCACAUGGUGCUAAUAUCAAUGAAAAAGAUGAAGAUGGAGAAACCGCGCUUCAUAAAGCAGCACGGUAUGAUAGUAAAGAAAUUGCCGAAUUUCUUAUUUCGCAUGGUGCUAAUAUCAAUGAAAAAAAUAACGAUGGAGAAACCAUACUUUAUAUUGCAGCAUGGAAUGAUGAUAAAGAAAUUGCUGAAUUUCUUAUUUCGCAUGGUGCUAAUGUCAAUGAGAAAGAUGAAGAUGGAGAAACCGCACUUCAUCAUGCAGCAUAUUACAAUUGUAAAGAAAUCGCUGAAUUUCUUAUUUCGCAUGGUGCUAAUGUCAAUGAAAAAAAUGAAGAUGGAGAAACCGCACUUCAUAUUGCAGCAUAUUACAAUUGUAAAGAAAUUGCUGAAUUUCUUAUUUCGCAUGGUGCUAAUGUCAAUGAAAAAAAUGAAGAUGGAGAAACCGCACAUCAUAUUGCAGCACGGUAUGAUCGUAAAGAAAUAGUUGAACUCCUUAUUUCGCAUGGUGCGAAAAAAUAA